AUAUGUGCAAAACUGACCACUGUGUCAUCUCUCUCUCUUUCUCUCUCUACAGCGGAGGCACAGUCCUCUCUCUCUUCAAGUCUCUUGCUCACCACUCUGCAGAGAGGCUCUUCCUUCUCAGUAACAAUGGAUAUCAGCGAUGAGGCGAUGUCGAGGCAUAAAGCAGAAUUCCUGCGUUUCCUGGAUGAAGAUGCGGGCAGGGGUCUAUACAUGGACAAGAUUAGGUCAAUGAUCAACCAAGGACGCCAUCGACUCCUUGUUGACAUCUCCGAUAUUCGAAAUUACAAUCCCGCCUUAGUUCGCAGUCUUCUGAGGAGCCCUGGAGAGUACGUUCAGCCAUUAUCAGAUGCACUCACGGAGGUGACAAGGAGCAUAAACCCUAAAUAUUUGCAGGAAGGGCAGAAUGUUCUUAUGGGUUUUGAGGGUCCAUUUGGUUUCCAUAAGGUCACUCCUAGAGAGCUUCUCUCUCCAUUUCUUGGCACCAUGGUUUGUGUUGAAGGCAUUGUCACAAAAUGUUCCCUGGUUCGGCCAAAGGUAGUCAAAAGUGUGCAUUUCUGCCCUACCACUGGGGACUUUACAACACGUGAAUAUCGUGACAUCACAUCCAAUGUGGGCUUGCCCACAGGAUCUGUGUAUCCUACUCGUGAUGAACACGGGAAUUUGUUGGUCACAGAAUUUGGUUUGUGCAAGUACAAGGACCAUCAAACUUUAUCUAUGCAAGAAGUGCCUGAAAAUUCUGCCCCUGGUCAGCUUCCAAGGACGGUUGAUGUUAUAGGGGAGGAUGAUCUGGUGGAUUCAUGCAAGCCUGGUGACCGUGUGGUGAUCUCGGGAAUCUAUAAAGCUCUUCCUGGCAAAAGCAAGGGAAGCAUCAAUGGAUCAUUCAGAACUGUUCUUAUUGCGAACAAUGUAGCUCUGCUCAAUAAAGAGAUAAACGCCCCUGUGUUCACUACUGAAGACAUAUCAAACAUCAAAAAAAUAGGAAAAAGAGCUGAUGCAUUUGAUUUACUUGGGGAAUCUCUGGCUCCGUCAAUCUGUGGGCAUUCGUGGAUAAAGAAGGCCGUAAUUUUACUAAUGCUCAGUGGUGUGGAGAAAAACCUCAAAAAUGGCACCCACUUAAGAGGUGACAUAAAUAUGAUGAUGGUUGGUGAUCCAUCUGUUGCUAAGUCUCAGCUCUUAAGGGCUAUCCUGAAUAUUGCUCCAUUAGCCAUAUCCACCACGGGCAGGGGUUCCUCUGGUGUAGGUUUGACUGCAGCUGUCACUUCUGACCAGGAAACUGGAGAGAGAAGGCUAGAAGCUGGCGCUAUGGUUCUAGCUGAUCGAGGGGUUGUUUGUAUUGAUGAAUUUGAUAAGAUGAGUGAUCAAGACCGCGUUUCCAUUCAUGAGGUAAUGGAGCAGCAAACAGUAACCAUUGCCAAAGCCGGUAUCCAUGCAUCACUAAAUGCCAGAUGUAGUGUGGUUGCAGCUGCCAACCCUAUCUAUGGGACUUAUGAUCGCUCUUUGACUCCAACUAAAAAUAUUGGCCUUCCGGAUUCAUUACUUUCUCGUUUUGAUUUGCUGUUUAUUGUGCUUGACCAAAUGGACCCUGAGAUUGACCAGCGGAUUGCAGAACAUGUCUUACGCAUGCAUCGAUACCGUUCUAGAAAUGAAGAUGGAGGUUCAAUACUUGAUGAGAAUUUUAGAGAUAUUGAAGAAGAAGAUGAUGCAGAAGCUGCCACAUCCAUUUUUGUGAAGUACAAUAGACUGCUUCAUGGAGAGAAAAGAAGUAGACGAUCAAGACAAAAUGCACUUACUAUUAAAUUCCUUAAAAAGUAUAUUCAUUAUGCAAAAAGUCGACACCAGCCUAUUCUAACUGAUGAGGCAUCAGAGCAUAUAGCAACUGCUUAUGCUGAGCUCAGAAGUGGAAGUGCAGAUGUAAAGUCCACAGGAGGCACACUCCCAAUAACUGCAAGAACCCUAGAGACCAUCAUUCGACUCUCUACUGCUCAUGCUAAAUUGAAGUUGAGGAAUGAGGUAUUGCAGGUUGAUGUGGAGGCUGCCCUUAAAGUAUUGAACUUUGCCAUCUAUCACAAGGAGCUGACGGAUAUGGAAGAGAGGGAGCAGGAUUGGGAGAGAGAGUUAGAGAAGAAACGGAAAUCAGAUCAUGGUGGUGGGGACACCGGUGGGACAAAUCAAUCAGCUCGUGCUGCAAGCCCAGAUAGGGAAAUUGGUAAUGCAAUGGAAGUAGAUGAGUCUUUAGCACCACCUGAGAUUGAUAUUUCAGCCAACAGAAUGGAUAGGUUUAACCGCAUCUUCAGUCAGCAUAUGAUAGUAAACCAUUUGGAUGUUAUCUCAGUCACUGCGAUUGAGCAGAUAGUAAACCAGGGUGCACCUGUUCCGUACACAAGGCCAGAGAUAACAACUCUCUUACAGAGAUUACAAUCAGAUAACAGAGUGAUGAUAGUAGAUGACAUGGUUCAUCUGGUUUAAAGCGAAAUCUUGCAGAGAUGCGUGUCAGGAGCAAAAAUUUCUGAGAAUAGAAGAUCUUAUGAUGCAGAGAAGUCACACUGUUCAUUCUUGUAAUUGUUCUUUGGUUUUCAUCUGAACAGAGCUCCACAUAGUGUAUUAUGAAAUCCCUACAAAUUGAUAUUUGAAUUUAACUUGAGGAUAUUUUCACUCAGUUUCCCCACUUCUUUUCUUUUGGUUGAGACAUGGGAAUUCGGAUUUCUUAUAUGCGUCCAUGGCUGUACUCGUAAUUUUGGUGUACUAAGGGAGUCGGAUUUCUUA